AUGGCUUCCAACGGGGGUAGUGAUUUUGACUCCAAGUACACAAAUGCCAACAUGGCCCGGGACGCUACGUCUUAUGAUCCAUCUCUUUUCCGAGAUCUUGUCAAACAACUCGAGGAGGUUGACGACGGCAGAAUCAAGGAAGCUGCGCCUGGAAUCAUUGCAGCCAUGCUCUGUGCCCAACAUCGGGGAGAUUCAGUACCUAAACUUUUCCGCGAUCUUACCGGAGAGAAGAGCGCCGAAGAAACGAAAGCUCUGUUCGUGGUUUUCCGACAGGCCAUCACUCUGAUUUGGCCUUUUGUUGGCUUACCUCAGUGUAUUCCCGCCAGCCUAGGUCUGGUUGGUGAGCUGCGGCAGCUUGGAAUCAGCAUCACGGACCAGAUGGAUCGACCUCUUCUGAAUGAGAUAAAUUGGCAUGAGAAGGGCCUGGAGACGCGGAAAACGAUCUAUCGCACUGCGGCAAACUCUGAAGUCAUGGACAUGAUGAGUGGCUUCUUUCCCGAGCUGACUUACGCUACUCACGCCGUUGUCUUUGGAUUCAUCAUUGGCGGAUCCGAGAAGACGCAGAGUCUUCCACUCUCCGAGAUCACCAUAGCAGGCGCUAUCGCAGCGCUGGGAGCUACGAGACAGACCAGGACGCACUUCAAAGGUUCCAUGGGCUUGGGGAUUUCCGUAGCUACCGUUCAGGCUGUGCUGAGUUCCGCGGAAAGAGUGGCAGCAUGGAAUGGCAAUAAGCUUCCCGGGGAGGUUGACGUUGCGGCGUUGGCGGAAGAGGUUGGGACGAAUCUCGGGAGCUUGGACAAUGCCUAG